AUGCUCCGUCUCAAUAGAACCAACCCUAGCAAGGUCGUUAGGGCUUUUCAAACGCACAGAGUAUUCUCUCAUAGCGCGAAGCUUCUGAAUAUUCCACAAACCCCAGAAAAAGAUGGCAAGAAGUUGUCUCCUCAAGAGGCCAAGGUCGAGGCAGCCAAGCUCGCCAUGAAAUCACUCAAAGACAUGGGCUCGCUCUUUUCGUCGGGAAACGAUGAUGCUGUGCAACCUAUCGAUACCGCUCCAGUGUUUGAGCUGCCGGUUCUUUUCGGUGGGCUCAGUUUACUUCACCAGGGUCAGGUAUUGGAAGAGCUCCAACAGAAAUUCGACGGGAAGUGGACCAAAUUGACAGAGCAGGAGAAAAAACUAGCGUACUACAUCUACUACGGUAACUGGGGCCCAAGAGAGAAAUUUGAGAACUGGAAGGACGACAGCGCUCCUCUCGAUUUGCCUUUCACAGUGCCAUCUCAAAUUCGUACAAGUAAGCCUGCUGUGAAAGAUCAGAUCAAGAAGCUUGAGCCCGUAAUCCUUGGAGAGACAGAAGUUAGAAAAGAGCAGUUCGACACAUCCAAGAUGGACCCUGUCACUAAGACCUUCAUCUACCUCACCAUAUUCGUAGCUUUAUUUGCCAUUUCGCGCGACAAAAACACUGGCGAAGCAGGAAAACCAAAGGAGAUUAUAGUGGAGGACUUGUACAUGAAGAAAAAGUUGGAACAAGAGGAGCUUGCAAAGAAGGCAGCAGAGGAGGCGGCCGCUAGAGAGAACAAACGCCACUGGUACUAUCUCUGGUUGAAGUAA